UUUUGAUUCAAGUAAAUUGUAGUCUUAUCUUCUCCAACAAGUUCAAAUCUUGGAAGCAUAUCACACAGAAAUGAGCAACUUAGUGCAGGUACCCUACGAUGCUACCGUCAAGCUAAUGCUGGUUUCCCUUCAACGCAAUCUGCUUCCAGAUGCGGUUAUACGCAGACUCACUCGUCUCCUUUUAGCAGGUCGCCUUCGUUCCUGCUUUAAACCCACCGCUCAACAACAGCUUCAAGAUCUUCUGGGUUUUGUUCAGUCAUUACGAGAAAUGCCUAUAGCUGUAAAGACUGAAGAUGCCAAAGCUCAACAUUAUGAGCUGCCUACCUCUUUCUUCAAGCUUGUACUUGGGAAGAAUUUCAAAUACAGCUGUUGUUAUUUCCGUGACAAGUUAAGCUCAUUAGAGGAUGCUGAGGAAGCAAUGCUGCAACUUUACUGUGAGAAAUCACAACUGCAAGAUGGGCACACCGUUCUGGAUGUUGGAUGUGGUUGGGGAUCACUAAGUAUAUACAUCGCACAGAAGUAUAGUAAUUGCAAAGUUACAGGGAUUUGCAAUUCAGUCACCCAGAAAGCUCACAUUGAAGAUCAGUGUGGGAAACUUAAUCUGCAGAAUGUGGAGGUGAUUGUUGCAGAUAUCAGCACAUUUGAGAUGGAAGGAUCCUAUGACCGAAUAUUUUCCAUUGAAAUGUUUGAGCAUAUGAAAAACUACAAGGAUCUUCUGAAGAAGAUAUCCAACUGGAUGAAAACAGAUGGUUUUCUCUUUGUUCAUUACUUCUGCCAUAAAACAUAUGCUUACCACUUUGAGGAUGUUAGUGAAGAAGAUUGGAUAACCAGGUACUUUUUCAGUGGAGGUACGAUGCCUUCAGCAAAUCUUCUCCUUUAUUUUCAGGAUGAUGUUUCUGUAGUCCACCAGUGGCUUUUGAAUGGGAAACAUUAUGCACAAACAAGUGAAGAGUGGCUAAAGAGAAUGGAUGAGAACAUAACCUCAGUAAAGCCGAUAAUGGAGUCAACUUACGGCAAGGAUUCAGCAGUCAAAUGGACCGUGUAUUGGAGAACAUUCUUCAUAUCGGUUGCUGAAUUAUUUGGUUACAAUAAUGGAGAAGAAUGGAUGGUCGCACAUUACUUAUUCAAGAAAAAGUGAUCUUAAUUGCGAGACGAAAAUCAUACCACGAAAUAAGUUCCUUCCAUUGUAUCAGUAAUAAAAACAAAUGUCUCAAAAUGUCAUAAAAGAAGGAGCAUUGCUACAAGAAGUUUGGAUUAUAAUUGUGUGACGAUAUAUACUUCUUGUAGGUUGCGAAGCUCCUCGUAGUACAAAAGGUAUGUUGUCUUGUUUCAUUGAUUCUCCAUCGAACAUUUUGAAGUACAUUGGCGUGUAUGAUUACUUAACCACAGUGUUCUGAUGGGAUCCAGUGCAUUGAUGCUGGUGAUCGUGCAUCCGGUGUAUGUUUAUUGUUGUC